AACACUUAUUUUGAGUCAUUGCUUGAAUUUUAUGUUUAGAAAGGAAGUGUAAAGUUGGUAAUUCCUUUGAUGUUUUUGUGGUGGGGCCAGUGAAAUUGGAAGGCCCCAGCACUUAUUAUUAUGCAUAUUUUUGAGGGAAAUAUACAUAAAAUAAAAGAGAAAGUGAGUUUGUGGUGAGAAGUGAUAGUUGGAUAGGUAUUGAUGUCCGAAUGUGAGUCUCUCGUAUCAAACACCACCUUCUUCCAUAUAUUUUUGUUUUCUCUGUAUACAGAAAAUCGUUCGUCACAUCUUUAUUUGUUUCUAACUCCGGCAACCCUUUUGGGAGGAGAUGAGUAACAGUGAUUGGGUGUUAGAUUAUGAUUAUCUAGACAGCAUUUCUUUCCCCACUCUUCAUCCACCCAAUUUCUCUUGGUCUUCUUCCUCUCCUCCUACAACCUUCAGUGCGGACGUAGAUGACCCAUUGGGAAUUUCGGAUGGUUUCAAGGAAAACGGGUCAAAGAAACGUCUGAGGUCACCUGGUUCCAAAGCAUGUAAAGAGAAAAUGAGAAGGGAUAGACUCAAUGACAGGUUUUUGGAACUGGGGUCUGUCCUGGACCCUGCAAGGCCUCUCAAAAUGGAAAAGGCUGUUAUAUUGAGUGAUGCAGUUCGAACGGUGUCUCAGUUACGAGAGGAAGCUCAGAAGCUACGAGAGUGCAUUAAGAGUUUACAAGGGAAAAUCAAUGAAUUGAAGGCUGAGAAGAAUGAGCUUCGUGAGGAGAAGCAGCAACUAAAAACAGAAAAAGAUAACCUUGAGCAGAAGAUUGAGGCCUUUAAGUCACAACCUAGCUUUCUUUCUGCAGUUCCUGCACCAGGACAAGUUGUUGGUAGAAAGUUGGUGCCCUUCAUGGGCUACCCAGGAGUUGCCAUGUGGCAGUUUUUACCACCUGCUGCUGUUGACACCUCACAGGACCAUGUACUCCGGCCACCGGUUGCAUAACUUGUCAAAGACACUGUUUUUUUGGAGAAACGGAAUUUAUCUUCACUUUUUGUGCUAUUGCUUUUGCAUUUGUGAAAUGUAGAAGAAAAGUCUUACUGAUUAUAGAGGCAACUUCAUGAUAACUAAUCAACCAGCUUUCUGUGAA